GAUACACCCUAACCAGCAGCUGAAACCAUCUGCAUGGAGAUGGAGAACCAAAACAAAAGACGUGACCAGAGCAACGAGGAAUUAAUAGCUGACCGCACUGGAGAGCUUGGCUGCUGUGGCUGGGUCUUGGUCAUCAUCUCAUUCUUUUUUGCAUUAGUGACAUUUCCAGUUUCCGUAUUCAUGUGUGUGAAGAUUGUUCAGGAGUAUGAGCGCGCAGUCAUAUUCAGACUGGGCCGCAUUACGGACAAGAAGGCGAAGGGUCCAGGCAUCUUCUUUAUACUGCCCUGCACUGACACCUUCGUCAAGGUGGACAUGAGAACUGUGUCAUUCGACAUCCCUCCCCAAGAGAUCCUGACCAAAGACUCAGUGACUGUCUCUGUGGAUGGUGUUGUGUACUUCCGGGUUAGCUGUCCCAUCUCCUCGGUGGCCAACGUGUCCAACGCGGACCUCUCCAGCCGACUGCUGGCACAGACCACCCUGAGGAAUGUUCUGGGCACCAAGAACCUGGCAGAGCUACUGUCAGACCGGGAGGGAAUCUCACACAGCAUGCAGACGUCCCUGGACGACGCAACUGACCCCUGGGGCAUCAAAGUGGAGCGGGUGGAGAUCAAGGACGUCAAGCUGCCUCACCAGCUCCAGAGGGCCAUGGCAGCCGAGGCGGAGGCCUCUCGCGAGGCCAGAGCCAAGGUGAUAGCGGCCGAGGGCGAGAUGAACGCGUCCCGGGCGCUGAAGGAGGCGUCACUGGUGAUCGCAGAGUCCCCCUCCGCCCUACAGCUGCGCUACCUACAGACCCUCAACACCAUCGCCGCAGAGAAAAACUCCACCAUCAUCUUCCCUCUGCCCAUGGACGUCAUAUCCCACUUCAUGUACGAGAAGAAGUGAGAGGCUAUGCCCCCUCCGGCAAUGCCCUGGCCCCUUCUGCGCAAACCCUCCUAAACAUCGUCAUAACCACACCGUGGCAGAUUAUCAACCUGGAGUUACUCAGUCCCCAUGUUCAAGCAGGAUUUCUGUGGCGGCCAUGAUGUUUACAUUCAAAUCCAGCUCCUGUCAACCUCAACUUAUUUCAGAUAAUUUAAAUUGAUUCAUCUUCAUUGGCAUACAAACUUUUGACCUGCUGCAUGAACAUAACUGGGCAUCCCAAAUUGGGGAGAAACUAACAUGACUUAUGAAUGGAAUAAAAACAAAGAGAUUAAUUCUUAUUAACUUCAAUCCUUAAUUAAAAUAAUUUAUAUUAAGAUAUUUAUAUGGUACAUUUAGAUUGAUAAACAUCAUGUGUCAUUGCUUGUUGUGCAGUACUUCAUUUUAGAUGCUGGCCUGGAGUUAGCUGACUGAAGCAUUGUCUCAUUUCUUCCUCAAAUACAAUUAUAUCAAGCUGUGGUUCCCUGUUUUCUUAGUUUAAUGAAAAUCUUGUAAAUGUGAGCACUUUUAUGUAUAUUAAUGCUUAUUUGUUGAUCAUAUGAAUUAUAUUUGAAAAAAUUUAAUAUAUUGCUCCAAUAUUUUGUAAAAUGUAUAUUGUGAUACAUGCCAAUACUAAUAUAAACAAGACUGAAAUACAUACUUGUGACCUCUCA